AUGCUGGACGUCGAGGAAGAUCCGACCUGCCGCUUCGUCGACUUCACCAACGAGACGGACUGGGAGCGCUUCAUCGCGGGCCUCGAAGAGACGCUGCGGGCGUGGGGCCUCGUCGAGAAGGGCGCAGCGAGCGACGGGCCCAAGGCGCGGAUCCUGCCGCUCCAGCAGCGCCACUACCUCCUCGUGCUCCACACGGACGAUGCACCGGCGCCGACGUGGACCGACGCCACGCGCCACUUUACGCCGACGAUGCUGGCGCUCGCCAACGCGUCGCUCGACGCCGGCGACGCGCGUAGCAUGCACCGCUUCUUUGGCGUCGAGAGCCACCUCGUCUUGCACCAGUACAACGCGGCCUUUGGCCUGCCCGACGCCGCCGCCGACACCUUUGCGAGCAUCUCGAUGGACGCGACGCUCGGCGUCAUGGACCACGACGCGCGGACGCUGCUGAGCAGCCUCAUCGUUGCGCUGGGCAACUGCAACUGCACCUUGCCGGCCUUCGUGCGCCUCGGCGGCGACGCGCAGUACCUCGGCGCCGCCGUGCCUGGCGCAAGCGGCAACAUUGCGCUGCAUUUCGAGACUGCGACCGUCCCCGAGGUGCCACCGGCGCAGCAGUGUCUCCAAGGCCUCAUGGACUUUUUCCAAGCCAAGCUCCAGCUACCGUCCAACGCCGACGAAUCGAUGCACGAUGUGCCUGGCAGCGACUUGCGCCUCGGGCUCUCGGCUGCCGUCGGCUUUGCGUAUGCGUGGCACGCUCGGACACUGUCGAUUCUACACGAAGAAGACCCGGCGACACCAUGGCGCGACCCGAUUGACGCGCAGCUCCGUCGCAAUUUUCCGUUCCAGGCCGUGGUAUGGGGUCCCCGCGUGUCGCCGUUGCGGCACUUGCACCUCGCCGUGCGCUGGCCGGCGCUGCGCGAAGGCAUGUUUGUCGACAAUGUGGUGCACUCGUCGCUCGACCCUGUCCUGGCGCCCGAGUGGUGGGUCUCGCCCGAGUGGGAGAUCGACCAGGACGCGCUGCCACUAACGAACUCACUCCGCCAGCUCGUCCAAGCAUUCCAGCAGCUCCGGCAAGUGGGCCAUGCGCUGCUCGUGUCCGAGAUGGCCCUUGGCGACAACCCACUGGUGUCGCGGUACCAAGAGAGCGUGCCGGCGGCGCGGGCGGCCGUGGCCAUUGGUGCGGCCAUUGGGUCGUGGGUCAAGUCGACGACGUCGGUCGACGCAGUGCGUGACCACGUCGCCCACCUCUUUACAAGUGCACCAAAGGACGACGUUGAUGUGAGUGCGUCGACGUGGUGCACGCUGCCCAAGGUGCGCCAUGGCGUCGUGGUCGGCCAGCUCGUGUCGCGGCUCGCCAUGCUCUUGGUGCACGAGCAGGGCGUCCACAUACAGUGCGCGAUGUGGGUCGAGUUUGUGCGCUUGCUGCGCGAAACGUGGAAGGCCCAGCUGCUCUUGCCGUGGACCGGGAUUGGCGUCGACGGUCUCUUGCACCCGGGGGAUGUCGACCCGCUCGACGAUGUCUCGAUGCCGACACCCGAUUUCCAUUUGAACCUCCUCCACCAAAAGCUACAGAUGCUCAACAUCUGCAUUGCUCGGUAUCAACGACAGCGACGACGAGUUUUCGAUUCGCUGCAAGAGUCGGCGGCUCUCGGUGUGCUCCGGCGCAUGGACGAUCUGCAGAGCCUUGGCGACUCGACGCGCUGCGUCAACAUUCCCAAGACGCAAGACCCCGCGCCAUUGACCGAAGACGUGGCCAAGCAGCAGCAAGCGAUCCUCGCCAACCUCGGUGUCUCGGCCGAGUCGACCAUGUUGCGGCAACAAAUCCAGAGCUCGUCGAUGUUGUCCGACAUGCAAGCGUUCAAGGCCGCCAACCCGGGCACGUGCUUGGCCGACUUUAUUCGGUGGUACUCGCCGCGCGACUGGCUGCCGCGGGAUCCGCUGGACGAGGCACACGACAGCGACAAUAUCUCGCGAUUUCGCCAAGGCCAGCUCUCGGCCCGCAUGCACGAAGCCAAUGUCGACGCCCCCACGAACGUGUGGCACCGUCUCUGGGCGUCUGCGGCGCCGGUCCCGGCCGAGAAGCAGCGGUCGCUCUUUAAUCCAGUGCUGGAAGCAGAAAAGGUCUUUGACUACCUCGACACCAUGUCGCCGCGCGACCUCUUUUACCACCUGCUCGUCGCGACUCUCUCCAAUCUGUCUGUGCUCUUCGCCACUUGCCACGACGACCUCCCGGUGGUUGCCAUUGCGCAGGCGGCGCUGCAAGACGCGUGCGACAAGGCUGUGAGCGCGCUAGACGACGAAGCCGUGGGCUCGGACGGCAAGCACACGACCGACGACGAGCGCCGCGUGCUCUCUGCGCUCACGGACGAUGCGAUGGAGAAGGCUCUCGCGGCCUUGCAGCGCGUCGAGGCGCUCGUCGCGUCGGCUGCCAGCGCCGCGCAUGUGCUCGAGGGGGCGUCACCUGCGCUGCGCAACGCCCUUCUCUCGAGUACGUCGUCGGUGCGUGUGCCGUCGCCGUCGGACCGCGCGGUGCUUGGCAGCGUGCUGUGGCCACCUGCGCUCGGGAAGCCGUCGCGACCGGAUCGGCGCGAGUAUGUGUUGCACGGCGUGGCCCCUCGCCCGUUCUACUGCCCGGUCGAUGACCGCGAUGGUCGCCACCCGGUGGUUGUCAGCCGCCUCUACGCGCAUUUUCAAGAGCACAGCAUCCGGUUUGCGACGGCGAUGGCCGACACGGAGUUUUAG